AUAAAUUAAAAACAAACAGCGGCGGCAGAGUUGGAGAGACGAUGGCAGAGAAAAACAAUUGCAGAAACAAUAAUUAGCAUGCAAGGUUAACUUGUUCUUGGGAGGAUGCAGUUUUGAUCGAGGAUUCUCUCUUUAAAAAGUUCAUACAAUGUCAGAUCAUCUCUCUGAAGAAGUAGUAGCUGAAAUCUUGAAGAGACAGUCAGUCAAAUCUCUACUACAAUGCAGAAGUGUGUGCAAAUCAUGGUAUUCUCUAAUCACAAACCCUACUUUCAUUUCCCUUCACAUAGCUCACACCACUCAAGCCAACAAACCCUACCUCCUUGUCAAGAAAAACCAAACAUAUCCUGUAAAACCACAUUUUGUGUUGCAAACUGAUAAUGAGUCAUUUAGUGAGUGUAAACAACUGGGCGAGUAUCGAAAUGCUGUAGACAUAGCCGGUUCAUGUCAUGGUUUGGUUUGUUUGUCUGAUGGAAUGAAUAAUCGUCUGAUUGUAUGGAACCCGGCAAUUGGAGAGUUUAUUACAACCUCUUUAAGAGAGCUUUGCGACGGUAGUACUCAUUUUGUUGGAUUUGGGUUUGAUAGCAAGAACAAUUCCUAUAAAGUCGUUAGGAUUGCUUAUAUAAAUAAGAUUUUUAAAGAAGGACUCAUCCAACCGUUUGUUGAGAUUUUUGAACUCAACUCCAAUGCUUGGAAAACCAUUACUGUCAAGAAUCUAAAUUAUAAUCUUUAUAAUUCUGAUUAUUCUGCUUAUUUAAAUGGUGCUGUUCACUGGUUUGCAAAGAUAUAUUGGAAGAUUGGUAGAAGAAUGAUGAUAGCUUCAUUUGAUUUGAGCACCGAAGUAUUUGAAGAGUUGAUGUUCCCUAAUGCCCUAGCUGAAUCAAGUGAUCCUCAUCUUUCUUUAUCGGUGUACCGCCAGUCAUUAACUCUUAUACACUAUGAAGAAUUUAUAUUUUAUGACGAGUCUUGCAUAAGUUAUACAAAAUGUUCUAUUUGGGUGAUGAAAGAGUAUGGUGCAGUAGAAUCUUGGACUAAACUAUUUAACAUAGAUUUACCAAAUCCUGGAGGUUUGAUGAGGGUGCUAAGCUUUCAACGGCAUGGUGGAAUCCUUAUUGAGGAUGGUAAUGGUGAGAUAGGUUCUUAUGACCCCGAGACACAAAGGGUCACCCCUCUUUACUUCGAUGGAAACAUCUUCGAAAUGCAUUCUUACAUAGAGAGCCUUGUUUUACUCAAGAACAGAAUCAAUUAGAAGCUUAAAGCAAGCGUAGAAGAGCAAGAGUGGACCCAAGUUAUCUAUUCGAGACAUGCAUUGCUCAAGUAGGUUUAACUUUAUAUAUUUAUGUCUUUUGUUUUUACUGAUCAUGACACUAUAAAUAGCUAAAUUAACUGUCUUUUUGAUGAAUUGUAUGAUAUCUUUGUAACUGAAUAUUAGGUAUCGUUGAUU